AUGAUGACUGCGGCCAGUCUCCCCGCGUAUCCCUGUCCAUCCCUCCCGCGCCUCCUCUCCCUCCUCCCCACCCUCGUCGUCCUCCUCCUCGCCCUCUCCCUCCCCGCGGCGCGCGGCGAGAUCUCUGACGCGCUGCUGGAGGCGGACAAGCGCGCGAUCGUGCUGUUCGACACGUUCGGGUUCGAAUCCAACGGUCACGUUGACAUGAACGUGUCGUCUGUCGAGGUGCUUGUGCCGGAGAACGCGGCGGCGGCCGACAAGACGUUGAUGGGAUUUUUUUUAACGACGGCGGAGGACGAGUUAGAGCUUCAGAACGACUUCCAGGCGGGACACUGCGUGCUCGCCAACGCGCACGUGCACCGCCUCUUCACGCUGCAGGUGCGCGCCGUGCUCCGCGCGCCGUGCAGCCACCCUCACACUCCUAUCCCCCCCCUCCUCUACCCGCUCUCCCUGGCUCCACCCCUCCCUGGCACACAUCUCCAGGACGUGGUAUCACAGCAGCAGGGUCCAGACAAGCCCUUCACCUUGCGCUACACAGUGCCCGACGCCAAGGAGUACUCUCUCUUCUUUGCCAACUGCCAGCCGCACGCGCGCGUCUCCCUCAACUGCUCCUUCGCCCUCUACAACGUCGCUCCCAGCGGCCGCAUCGACUACCUCCCGGGCGGCAAAACCCAGCUGCCCAUGCUCUACAGCGCCUUCUACCUCGCGUACAUGGUGGCCGGCAUCGUUUGGAUUUAUCUGUGCCACAAGCACUGGGCGAGAACCCACCGGAUUCACAUUCUGAUGGGCGUGCUGGUGCUGCUGAAAGCGUUCACUGUGCUGUCACAGGCGGGGGAGUAUGCGUAUAUCCGCGCCACGGGGGACCCGCAAGGGUGGAACAUUGCUUUCUACGUGUUCAGCUUCUUCCGAGGAAUCAUGCUGUUCACGGUGAUAGUGUUGAUUGGCACGGGGUGGUCCGUGGUGAAGCCGUACCUGCAGGACAAGGAGAAGAAGGUCAUCCUCAUUGUCAUUCCGCUGCAGGUCUUUGCGAACAUCGCAACAAUCAUCCUGGACGAGAGCGGGCCGUCGUCGCAGUCAUGGUUCACGUGGCGUGACAUCUUCCACCUGCUCGACAUCCUCUGCUGCUGCGCCGUCUUCUUCCCCAUCAUCUGGUCCAUCAAGCACCUCCGGGAGGUUGCGCAUUCCGACGGCAAGGCAGCACGCAUCGUUGCCAAGCUACAGCUCUUCCGGCACUUUUAUGUGCUCGUGGUGUGUUACAUAUACUUCACGCGCAUCGUGGUGUACGUUUUGCGGUCCACCAUGCCGUAUCAGUACGCAUGGACAGCGGAUUUGGCGGGAGAAUUGGUAACGCUGGUGUUUUAUUGCGUUACGGGUUACCAGUUCCGGCCAAUGGAAGAGAACCCGUUUCUCGCCGUGCAUGAUGAUGACACGGGAGGGUCGGAUGGGAUAGAGAUGGAUAAGGGCGCAAGCAAGCCGCUCAAGGCAGGUGACGACGAGGACGAUGAGUUUGACCUGUGA